AUGCGACGCUCCAUCUCUCUCAUACCCCAACGGGUGUCUCCGAUUAUAAGAUUUUCGUUUCCGCAGAGAUGCGUCCCAUUUACAACAAUCCAAAAACUGAUUUUACCCGAAGACAAUUACGAAUCCACGACUUCCCAACACUACGCCGCUUCGAGCCCGUGCUUUCUCCUUUUAAGCAAGUGCACGAACAUCGAUUCUCUGAGGAAAGCUCACGGGCUAUUAACCGGAAAUGGACUUAUGGAUGAUCUCUCGUGCGCCACGAAGCUCGUGAGUCUGUACGGUUCCAUUGGGUAUACUAAAGAUGCCCGCUUGGUGUUCGAUCAAAUUCCCAAGCCAGAUUUUUAUUCAUGUAAAGUCAUGCUCGGAUGUUACGUCUUGAACAAAGAGAGUCUCGAAGUCAUAAACUUUUACGGGUUUGAGUGGAAACACGGUUAUAAUGAUAUCGUUUUCUCGAAAGCUUUGAAAGCGUGUACCGAGCUGCAGGAUUUGGAGAAUGGGGAGAAGAUACAUUGCCAGAUUUUUAAAGUGGCAAGUCCAGAUAAUAUUGUGUUGACAGGUCUUCUUGAUAUGUACGCUAAGUGUGGAGAUGUCAAGAGUGCUCAUAGAGUGUUUGAAGAGCUUACGUUGAGAAAUGUGGUUUCUUGGACUUCGAUGAUUGCUGGGUAUGUGAAAAACGACUUGCAGCGAGAAGGGUUGUGUUUGUUUAAUCGGAUGAGGGAAGAAUCUGUUUCGGGGAAUGAAGUUACGUACGGUGUUCUAGUGACGGCUUGCACAAAGCUCGGUGCUUUACAUCAAGGGAAGUGGUUCCAUGGUUGUUUGAUCAAGAGCGGCAUUGAGCUAAGCUCAUGCUUGGUGACAUCUUUGCUAGACAUGUACGUCAAGUGUGGUGAUAUAAACAAUGCACGGCGAGUGUUCAGUGAGCAUUCUCAUGUGGAUCUCGUCAUGUGGACAGCUAUGAUUGUGGGGUUGACGCAUAACGGAAGAGCCAACGAGGCUCUGAGCUUGUUUCAGAGAAUGAAAGGAGUUGGAAUCAAGGCUAAUUGUGUUACCAUUGCUAGUGUCUUACCUGGUUGCGGUCUGGUUGGGAAUCUUGAACUGGGAAGAUCAAUUCAUGGCCUAUCAAUCAAAGUCGGUCUUUGGGACACAAAUGUUGCAAAUGCUCUGGUUCACAUGUAUGCCAAGUGUUGCCAGAAUAGAGAUGCUAGGUAUGUGUUUGAAAUGGAGUCGGAGAAAGACCUCGUUGCUUGGAAUUCUAUAAUUUCAGGGUUUUCACAGAACGGCUCUGUACAUGAAGCUUUGUUCCUGUUCCAUCUCAUGAAUUCAGAAUCAUCCGUGACGCCUAAUGGUGUAACAGUUGCGAGUCUCUUCUCAGCCUGCGCUUCUCUCGGGUCUCUUGCCAUAGGUUCCUCGCUUCAUGCUUAUUCACUGAAACUUGGUUUCUUGGCAUCGUCAAGUGUUCAUGUUGGUACUGCACUCCUGGACUUCUAUGCCAAAUGUGGGGAUGCCGAAUCUGCUCGUGCUGUUUUCGAUACCAUAGAGGAGAAAAACACAAUCACAUGGAGCGCUAUGAUCGGAGGCUAUGGAAAGCAAGGGGAUACAAAAGGGUCCGUUGAGCUAUUUGAAGAGAUGCUCAAAAGGGAACAAAAACCGACCGAAUCAACCUUCACAUCCAUUUUAUCAGCUUGUAGUCACACAGGGAUGGUUGAUGAAGGGAAGAAGUACUUCAGCUCAAUGUACAAAGAUUACAACUUCACGCCUUCGACUAAACACUACACGUGUAUGAUUGAUAUGCUAGCUCGAGCAGGUGAGCUUGAGCAAGCCUUGGACGUCAUCGAGAAGAUGCCGAUUCAACCAGACGUGAGAUGUUUCGCAGCGUUUCUCCACGGAUGUGGAAUGCAUUCAAGAUUUGAUCUUGGGGAGGUUGUGAUCAAGAAGAUGCUGGAUUUGCAUCCUGAUGACGCCUCUUAUUAUGUCCUUGUGUGUAAUUUGUAUGCGUCGGAUGGAAGAUGGAGUCAGGCUAAAGAAGUCAGAAAUCUGAUGAAGCAAAGAGGUCUUAGCAAGAUCGCAGGACACAGCAUGAUGGAAUCAGAGUUCUCAGCUAUUGGUUAG